AGAGUGUCGGCGCGACGUGGAGGUGAUUGCCAGCCGCUCCUCGCUCUGAUCCAUUACCCAGCUCAUUGAGAAUGAUAAAAGAGCGGCGGAAUUGGCUGCGAGGGCUGCGGGGGGAAUCGGGCAGGUACGCAGAAACAGAAGAGAAAAAUCGUUUCAAUCACGCGGUGACGAACGGCGUACGAGGAGCCGCACGGCGCGGGAGUGUGGUUAAAGAGCCGGUUCCGACGGUGGGACGCGUCUUAAAUCAACUCCUAAUGGAUAUUUACAGAAACGCUAUACGGCCAAAACUCCAGCUUCUGAGAAAUGGUGAGAAUCAGAAUCAGCUUCUCCCAGAGUCUAAAACGCUUCUGGUUCAGAAUAAAGCUUAACGUGGUUUAAUGUAGUAAAAGAAGGAGACAGGAGCACUAAACUUCUCUUCAUUAUUACUGAUCAUAAGUUCUCACAAUUUAGGGCUAGUAAUGAGGUGAAAAAACUAAAUAAUGAUGUGAUUAGUUUAUCAAACCUCUACCAAGCUCUACAAUACAAAGUUACUGCACAAAUUAUACUUAAAACUUUACUGUGCAAAAAAGAAGCCUUAUGUCAACCAUGUCCAGAAGCGACGUCGACUUCUCUGGGCUCUGAGACAUCUAGGAUGGACCAUCACACAGUGGAAACGUGUAUUGUGGUCAGAUGAAUCAGCAUUCCAGUUCUUUUUUGGAACAAAUGUAUGCCGUGUGCUCCGGACAAAAGACGAAAAGGAUCCAGACUGUUAUCAGCGACACGUCCAAAAGCCAGAAUCUGUCAUGUUAUGGGGGCGGUGUCAGUACCAGGGUCUGUGAUGUUAUGGGGGUGUGUCAGUACCAGGGUCUGUUAUGGUAUGGGGUGUGUCAGUACCAGGGUCUGUCAUGGUAUGGGGGCGUGUCAGUACCAGGGUCUGUCAUGUUAUGGGGGCGGUGUCAGUACCAGGGUCUGUCAUGGUAUGGGGGUGUGUCAGUACCAGGGUCUGUCAUGUUAUGGGGGCAGUGUCAGUACCAGGGUGUGUCAUGUUAUGGGGGUGUGUCAGUACCAGGGUCUGUUAUGGUAUGGGGUGUGUCAGUACCAGGGUCUGUCAUGGUAUGGGGGCGUGUCAGUACCAGGGUCUGUCAUGUUAUGGGGGCGGUGUCAGUACCAGGGUGUGUCAUGGUAUGGGGGUGUGUCAGUACCAGGGUCUGUUAUGGUAUGGGGCGUGUCAGUACCAGGGUCUGUCAUGUUAUGGGGGCGGUGUCAGUACCAGGGUCUGUCAUGGUAUGGGGGUGUGUCAGUACCAGGGUCUGUCAUGUUAUGGGGGCGGUGUCAGUACCAGGGUCUGUCAUGUUAUGGGGGCGGUGUCAGUACCAGGGUCUGUCAUGGUAUGGGGGUGUGUCAGUACCAGGGUGUGUCAUGGUAUGGGGUGUGUCAGUACCAGGGUCUGUCAUGUUAUGGGGGCGGUGUCAGUACCAGGGUCUGUCAUGUUAUGGGGGCGGUGUCAGUACCAGGGUCUGUCAUGGUAUGGGGGUGUGUCAGUACCAGGGUCUGUCAUGGUAUGGGGUGUGUCAGUACCAGGGUCUGUUAUGGUAUGGGGCGUGUCAGUACCAGGGUCUGUCAUGUUAUGGGGGCGGUGUCAGUACCAGGGUCUGUCAUGGUAUGGGGGUGUGUCAGUACCAGGGUCUGUCAUGUUAUGGGGGCGGUGUCAGUACCAGGGUCUGUCAUGUUAUGGGGGUGUGUCAGUACCAGGGUCUGUCAUGGUAUGGGGGUGUGUCAGUACCAGGGUCUGUCAUGGUAUGGGGUGUGUCAGUACCAGGGUCUGUCAUGGUAUGGGGUGUGUCAGUACCAGGGUCUGUCAUGGUAUGGGGUGUGUCAGUACCAGGGUCUGUCAUGGUAUGGGGGCGUGUCAGUACCAGGGUCUGUCAUGGUAUGGGGUGUGUCAGUACCAGGGUCUGUCAUGGUAUGGGGGUGUGUCAGUACCAGGGUCUGUCAUGGUAUGGGGCGUGUCAGUACCAGGGUCUGUCAUGGUAUGGGGGGGGGUGUCAGUACCAGGGUCUGUCAUGGUAUGGAGGGUGUCAGUGCCAGGGUCUGUCAUGGUAUGGGGGUGUGUCAGUACCAGGGUCUGUCAUGGUAUGGGGUGUGUCAGUACCAGGGUCUGUCAUGGUAUGGGGGGUGUGUCAGUACCAGGGUCUGUCAUGGUAUGGGGUGUGUCAGUACCAGGGUCUGUCAUGGUAUGGGGUGUGUUGGUCAUCUUUUUCCAGGGACGUCCAGCAUUUUUCAACAAGACGAUGCAAAUCCACCUGCUGCACACAAUGCAAAGGCGCGGCUGCAGCAGAAGAGGGUACGGGUACUGGACUGAAAUGAAGUUGAGCAGAUAAAAGAUGAAAUAUCUCAGCUUCAUCCUGUCUGAUAUCGAUUAAAAGUUGCUGUCCCAACUU